AUGUCGUGGGCCAAGCACAAGAAGAUCCUGGCUAUGGCCAAGGGCUAUCGAGGACGCGCCAAUUCGUGCUAUCGUACGGCCAUAAACCGUGUGGAGAAAGGUCUGCAGUAUCAGUACCGUGACCGCAAGCAGAAAAAGCGCGACAUGCGCUCUCUGUGGAUCCAGAAAAUCAAUGCAGGCGCGCGCCAGGAAGGACUUUCGUACUCGAAGCUCUACGGCAAGAUGAACGGCUCGGGCAUCGAGCUGAAUCGCAAGGUGUUGGCGGACAUGGCAGCCACGGAGCCCUUCAGCUUCAAGUCGGUACUGGAGGUUGUCAAGCAUAUGGAGGGUGUCACUAGAGCUCUGUAA